UCGUUGUUAUUGUUGUUGUUGGCGAUGGCGUUGUAGCAGUAGUAGUAGUAGUAGUGGUUGUUGUUGUUGUGAAUGCAAGUUCGAUCGACGGUCGAAAUUGGCCGCUGCCCGCCCGCUCGCCUGCCAGCCAGCCAGCCUGCCUGCUUUCAACAGUUAGCCGCCGAGAGCCGCGCAGGGCGCGAUCCCCGACUCCCAAACCAAAAAAAAGCAUGCCUCGCUCGUUCAUGGUGAAAUGUGGAGUGAGACGGCGCUGUGGACUUCAGUCGUCACCCAACCGGGUGGAUUCUGACUACCUGGAGGAGUACUUCCCCGCAAUCAAAAAUGGUAUUGUAUUCACUGCCGCAGCUAUUCCCCCGGCUACACCACCUGAAGCGGAAAGUGAACCAUCAUGCUCUUCAUCCAGCGCAAACAGUCCAUUGGCAUUGUCCAGUGGUCCGCCUUCACCAAUCCGUAUUGAGAAACCCACUCCACAGUUCCACAGAGCCACCUUCUCUCUCAAUCUGGCAAACCGCUAUGGUACACUCCCGGUUUAUCACUUUGAACCUCGGGAUCCAAUUGACUACUACCACCCAGAUUACAUGCAUUCGACGUUCCGGAAACUGUUGGACGAUUUCGUAUCAUGGCCUCGACCUAUAAAAGCUUUGCCGGAAACUAACCCCAUCAAACCGUAUUCUGCAGAUGCUGUUACCUACGUUCGUGGCCAUACACCCCUCUCAAGCAGCAGCAACAUUAGCAAUAGCAGCAGCGGCAGCAGUUGUAUUGGUGGUAUUGAUGGUAGUAGUAGUGGUGGUGGUGGCGGCGGUGGAGGUACCUGUAGUGGCAGUGAUCACAGUAUCAGCAAUGACAACAGCAACUGCAGCAAUCAUAAGAACAACAAUAUCAACGGCAGCAGCAGUGAUGUAACAAAGGACAACAACAAUAACAACAACAAUAAAAAUAUUAAUAAUAAUAAUAAUAAUAUUAAUAAUAAUAAUAAUAAUAAGACAUCGCUGACAAGAUCAAUUUUAAAACAGCAUUAUCCUACCCACCAUCAUCACCACCAUCAUCACCAUCAUCAUCAUCACAACCAGCAUCAGCAGCAACAGUAUCAUCAUCAUGGUUAUUCUCAUCGUCACCUCCGGGAGGGAAAAGAAGGCGAAGAGGAAGAGCAAAAACGUCAAGUAAAAGAACAAGAAGAAGAAGAACAGUUGCAGCAGCAGCAGCAGCAUCAACAAGAUGAACAGCAGCAACAACAACCAAAAGAGCAGGAGGAGCAAGAAGAACAAGAAUGCUUUCUUAACUCAAACAUACAAAAUUUCAAGUCGAAAUCUUACCUUAACUCCGACAUCAACAACAGCAUCAACAACAGUAAACAUGAUGACAGAGAUCAUCUGAAUUACAGUCACCGAAGGGAUGGCAACGAGACUAUUUACGAUGACACUAUUAUGAAUUGUCACUACGAUUCGAAACUGUAUCCUAAAGACUUCACCGUCCCAACUUCUUCGUCCAUUUCCAUCUCCACUUCUUCCACAUCCUCGUCCCCCGCUGAAAACAUUAUCACUCAGAGCCCCUCCUCUCCUCCGAACCCGCCCUCACCACCAUCACCAAUCAUAGGAGACGAAGGCAACCACCGUCCCGACGAAAGCUACCGGCGCAUCCCGCAUCCACACCAAAACUCAUUACUGCAUCAUUUUCAACAUCAGCAACAUCAGCUGCUGCUCCAACAGCAACAACAACAACAUCAAUACCAACAACAUCAUCAUCUCCAAUCACACCAACAUCAUCUUCAUCACCAACACCAUCCACAUCAUCUGCCGCAUUUAACUAACUCGGCUUUUUUCACUCAACGUGAAAUCCCAACUUACCCGUUUAGGACGGGUCUGGAAAAUCUUCAUCGCACCACUACGACCCUCCAUGGCAUCGGAGGAAGAGAUAAUCAUGGAAAUAUUUCGGGUAGAAGCAAUCUUGGUCUCAGCAAUGUUGCUAGCAUGGGUAACUCUGGUUUUGGUGUUGCAGCCCCUACAGUCGACAGUUCGAACGGCGCUGCUGGGGAUUUGAUUCGAGUUAGUAUGGUCGGACCACCAGGGGUCGUCAGUCGAUCCGGUUUAGGUGGGUUACUAGGUGGUCUUGCUCUCCACCAUUCACCCACCACGGCAGCCCUGUCUUUCUCUCAUAUGCCCCCACAGUUCCAUAUGCAUUCACACCAGCACCACUCUAAUUCGAACACACAUAGCAAUCACAACAGCAUGAACGGUGGCAGCAACAACAGCCAACACCCACACCAGCAUAAUCAUCAUCACCAUCACCAUCAUCCACUUGGACAACAACCACAACCAUCACAACAACAACAGCCCCAUCACCAUUCCCACCCACUUCAGAACCACCCUCAUUCAGUACUGCAUCCAUCUCACCAGACGAGUCCUCAAUCCCAGACUUCAUUACCACCACCGCCGCCGCCACCACCACUGCCACCACCACCACCACCACCACUACCACCACCAUUGCCACCAGCCCCGCCACCUCCACCACCGUCUCAAGCAUCCAUCAUACCACCGUUGUCUCUCUGUUCGUCCACUUCGAUAUCGCCUCCUCCUCCGUCUUCGAUUUCCCUCUCCUCGUUGCAGGCAACAGUGACUGACAAACUCUUCCAGUGUAAGCAGUGUGGCAAGUGCUUCAAACGUUCCUCAACUCUGUCAACCCACUUACUCAUUCACAGUGACACUAGACCCUAUCCGUGUCAGUACUGCGGUAAGCGCUUCCAUCAGAAAUCUGACAUGAAGAAACACACAUACAUCCACACAGGUGAGAAGCCACACAAGUGCUUGGUUUGCGGCAAAGCUUUCAGUCAGUCGUCCAACUUAAUUACUCACAGUCGGAAACACACGGGUUACAAACCGUUUUCCUGUGAACGGUGUGGACGAUCGUUCCAGCGUAAGGUAGAUCUACGACGUCAUAUUGACACUAACCAUCACCUACACUGAGAUAACUUAUUGAAACUUUCAAAUUGAGUGAAUAUCUUGUGGCUGUGGUAGCGUGUCAUUCAGAUAUACAAAAACACAUACGCUCAAAUUUAUAUACAUACAUGCAUACACACACACACACACACACACACACACACACACACACACACACACACACACACAUACAUAUAUGCAUACAUACAUGCAUACAUACAUGCAUACAUAUAUAAAUAUGUGCUUGUGUAUGUAUGUAUGUAUGUAUGUAUGCAUGUAUGUAUACACACCUACAUACGUGCAUACAUGCACAUAUAUAUUCGUAGAUACAUACAUACGCUCACACAUACACAUAAUCAACAAUCAUCAUUCAAUGAAGUAAUUGAUUAAUAUUUACGAAUAAAUCAAACAAAACUUUACAGACCAAACAGUAAUCCAGAAGCAAAACAGUUACCAAAAAUACCAAACAACCUACAGACGAAGGAACCGAACCCAGUCGUUAAACUGGAUUAUUAGCGACAUUGGAACAAGACGCUUGAUUUUCUUGCUAGCCACUUCUACUGGCAACAUCAACCUGUAUAUUUUUCCUAUCAAAAUUUUUUAAGUGUUCAAAUCUCAGUAUGUUAGAAUCACAUACCGCAAGAGUCCCAGUUGGUACGAAUUCUAUAUCUUGUGUUGCCUAAAACGUUGUAAGAAUCACAAUGCUCUGUGAAACAAUAUCGGAUUGUUAGAGACACAUUAGAUAUGAAAUCCAAAUUCUCUGAGUUCCAAUUCACAGAGCUAAAGCCUGAAUCUGUCAAGAACUUCACAGUUUCAGAACAAAUACCUCACAUACUUUUAUAAUGAUCCAUUUUAUGAACCUCGACCAGCUAGAAAUAAUAAUCUUAUCCCCCUCACGAACCGCAGUCUACUGUCUUAAUCAAAAACAUAGUCCUUAUAUACAAAAUGGCAAGGUGGUCACGGCUGUAACGCCUUUGAUCGAAGUCUGCUUCAUCCAAAAUAAUUUGGCGCUGGUUAAAAAAAAACAUACUUUUAGGAAGUAUUUCGCUAAAGGUGAAAACUUUUCUAUUUCAAAAUCUCCAACACAACAUUAUUUCAAGCAUACGCGAGGUCUUAUGUGAAACAUUAUAUAUAAAUUAUAUUUAAAAUAUUUAAGGUUAACUGCCACCAGAUAAAAUAUACGAAAAAAUACAUUUCCCAAAUUAGUGCUUAUAAUAUCAUAUAGCUCUUAUUACAUCAUCACAUA